UCUCGGUCGACGUGCGGCCGUGGCCUUUAUUACCUCUCGCGGACGGCAGACGGGCAGACCCGCCUCGCACCAUACCGAGAAAGAAACCGAGCCGGCGAGCCAGUCGUCAAGAAAGAAAGUAGGCAGAGAGCACGCCGCCCACCUAUCUCGAAGGCACGAGGACCAUGUCGUCGUCGUCGUCGAUGGGCGGCUCCCUCGCGCUCGCCGCGGCCACCGCCGUGGCGUUCUCAGGCUCGCUCGUCAUCUUCUCCCUCUGCCGCGGCCACCUGUCCCACGCCGCCGAGCCCUCGUCGCCGGGGCCUCUACGGCCCUGCCUCUCCUCCUCAGAGAAGCGGCGGCGCGGGGGGAAGGCGGCGCGGCGGAAGGCCGAGAGGCGGGUGCGCUUCGCGGACGACGUCGUCGACAAUGAGGGCAACGCGCGCCCGGCCAGGGCGUCCCCGUCCGCGGCGGCGGCGACGUGCAGGGGCGCGGCGGAGGAGCAGAUGAUGCCGGCGAACCGGGAGGCGCUCUACCGCGGCAUGCUCCGCGACCGGUCCGCGCACAGGGUCACCUGCUCCUACUGACCGGAGCCUUCACGCCGGCAGGCCGGCAGGCCGCCGUGCUCUGCUCGCCCGCGACCGGAGAGGUUGAUCGAUUGGUUUUCUUGCGUGCGCUGCCAGUGUCCGGUAGGCGGGCUGUUGACUUCCUGUUCAUCCUUUCAGAUGGAUUGUUAAUAGAUUCUAGUAUUUCUUUUCUUUAUUAUUUUCUAGAUUUAUCUCUUUUUUAAUCAUUAGAGAGGAAACCUCUGCUCUUUGUAAAUUCGCUGCCAUUUUCUCAUAACGAAAAAAACUGAAAGUCUCCCUGUUGGCCUUGUA